GUUUUUUUGAAGGGGCUCUUCAGAUGGUAAGCAGCCAUCUCAUCAUAAGUUCUUCGGGUGCUUUAUGGUGAGCAUGAUACCAAAUAACUUGGUGCACUAAGUACAGGGAAGUACGCAUUGUGAAGCAGCCGAAAGCCCGGGCUAGAUGAGAUAAGAAACCCCAAUACAUGGUUAGGAGACUGCUCAAUAGCUUGGCUCGGUCGAGUCACCGUCGACCUGGACUCUAUGCAGGAACAUUAUCAGUCUCAAUGGGCGACACGCCCACCCACGCAGCUCUGCUUGACUUCCCAUUGUCUGUCCUCAGAACCAUGUCUGGUAACACGAAAACCCCCACGGAGGUUGUGAUCCUCGGCGCUGGAGUGAUCGGACUUUCCGUCGCGUAUACCUUGUCCUCGAACUCCGGGGAUGCAUACAAGAUCAAGAUCGUCGCGCGAGACAUGCCUGAGGAUUUGGACUCUCAGGCAUUCUCGAGCCCAUGGGCGGGAGCCAACUGGUCGCCUAUGAGAGGAUUCGACGAGAACACGAAGAGACGGGAGCUUAAGACCUUCAACAAGCUGUGGGACAUGAUUCCCACCGGGCGAUCUAUGGCUCUGCCUUCUCGCGUCUAUUACGACACAAGUGAGGACCUAAGCCAGCUUUGGUACAAGGAUCUCGUCAGAGAUUUCCGUGUCAUGGACAAAAGCGAGCUUCCGGAAGGGGUUACUGGCGGAGUGAGCUUCAAGACUCUGUCGAUCAACCCAGAGGUCUACCUUCCUUGGCUCAAAUCGGAGCUUCUCGCGCGUGGGGUUGAGUUUGUGCGCAGGAAGGUGCAGAGUCUGGGUGAGGCUGCUGCGCUGGCGGGACCGAAAGGUGUUCUUGUCAACGCUACCGGACUAGGCGCCCGAUCCUUGAUCGGCGUAGAGGAUACGAACGUGUACCCCAUCCGUGGACAGACCAUCAUUGUGUACGCACCGGAAAUAAAGGAGUUUAUCUCCUUCCCGCUAGGCGCAUCCGAUGAUGGCGCGGCGACCUAUAUCAUUCCCCGCCCGUUCCCGGCCGGUCACGUCCUCCUUGGUGGAACAUACCAGCUUGACGAUUGGGAUACGUCAGUGAGCGUACCUGCUGCGAAAGGUAUUCUCGCGCGCUGCACCGCGCUCGCGCCGCAGCUCGCAAGCCCGGAGACGCGCAUUCUGAGUCACAAUGUCGGACUCCGCCCUGCGCGCAAGGGCGGAGCACGCGUCGAGGCCGAGUAUCUGGACCUUCCGGUCAAGAGCGAACUGUUUCCUGCGGAUACGAAAGGCCCAAAGGGCCGGGUGUUGGUCGUGCACGCGUAUGGCUUUGGACCUGCGGGAUAUCAGAACUCUUGGGGUGCUGCCGAGGAUGUCGUCGAAUUGAUCAAGGGCAACUCGCAGAACUGAAAUCUCCAAUCAAAUGUAGAAUCUAAUGAGCACAUGCUUGUAUGCAUCUAAGAGCAGAAAUAGUGACCGAUAGCCAUCAAUAGCGUGCG